AUGAUUAAACGAAAACCAAUAGUAAGGAAACAGCCAUUCAUAAACAAAAUAAAAUCAUUCCCAUUCGAUUUCUUUCUAUGGUUAAAUGAAAUAAGAUUAUCGAUUGAAUGGGAUAACUAUUGCGAUUCAAUGGCAAUUCCUUUGAGUUGUUCUUUAACUUUAAUAUAUUUGAUAUUGAUUAGAAUCACAGUGUAUUAUGAUUUGUCUUACAAUAAGAGAGAGAAUCCUUUAUUCCAAGCCGAUUAUUAUAAUUAUGAAAAAAUUCGGUCUCGGGCUGUCAGUGGCGAUCCAAUCGAAUUGAGUAUUAAUACGGAGGAUUCUUGGUGGUAUACUAUUUUGAACUUUAAUAUCGCCUUCUUAGGUAUUGUAUCAUUAAGUAAUUUCAUUUAUGUUUUGUUCUCCUUUAAGUACUAUACACUAUUAUAUUCCUCGAUAACAGAAAAGCCGAAGAGUUUAUCAGCAAGAAAAUUGGUCCUUAAAAAUGAUAUCAAUGAUUCGAUUUUUGAUAAAAUUUACAAAUUUUUCUAUAGCCAUACAAACCAGGCCAUAGAGCUUUGUUCGGAUGACGAAAGCUUUUACGACGAAGACACUAUAAACGAGAUCAACUUAAUUGAAAAGGAUAUUUGGGAAUUAAAAGUGUGGAACCCUUCAAAGUUCUCGCUUUUUGUAUUAACUAACUUUUCUCCAAUUUUGCUAUUCAUAAUUAAGUUAAUAUCUAAAGAAUUGCCCGUUUGGAAGAUUUUGUUCAUUGCCAUAAUCUUUAACGGUAAUUUUUAUUUCAUUAUAACGCAAAGAUUCCUCGUCUUACUCCAAGAUAAACAAAUAUUAUACCAAGAAAUGUUCCAAGAAUAUAACAAUAAAUUUGUAAAGCCGAAAACAUCGGUUUUGAAAAAAGAUGUGGUUGUUAAUGCAACGCUUGGUCCUCAUGCGCCUUGUAAUAUGGUUGUACAGUCAGAACAGAAGCCUCAUUUACAAAACACUAGACUGAAAGUAUUCAUCACCCAUAAUAUCAAUGGGGAACCAUUUAAUAAUAUCACGAUAGAAAAAAGUAAGACAAUGUCUCCAGAAAGACAAGAUCAGUUUCCAAGAUCAUUUAAGUACCAACAAGUAAAGAAUAGUUACCGUGAUUCACCUGUUAUGCCACGAGGUAGAAACGACUUAUAUCAUCAGCUACGCCAACCCAAUACAGAUCUAACGUACGAUGAAUCGAGAUACGAGAAUGAGCAAAUUGAACGCGAAAGAGAAUUUUUAAGAAGGAAUUCUUUCAGGCAGACUCCAAAGAGCCAGGCACUUUUUGAUCUUGAAGAUUACAGUGAUAACGAGGACAAACCUUGGUAUACUAUAUCGACACCGUACUCUCGGAAAAAUACUAAUGUGGAUAAUUCAUUUCAUCGAUCAACGCCUAUGCAUGAGAGUACUUUUGCAAGAGGGUUGCAAUCGCCUAUUGGUAAAUUAAAAAAUAAUAUGUCACUAAAUAGAAAAACAUUAUCUCCAUCGAGAAGUCUGUAUGAAAGGUCCUUAUCUCCUCAACGUAGGACCCCAGGAACAGCAACUUGGGAUUCAAGAUCUCCAAGUCCUAAAAGACUUUCCAGACCAUCAAGUCCAUCCAAACCGAAACCAAGGUGGCAUUAA